ACUUAUUUGUAUUCGUAAACAGCGGACCACAAUAGAGGACUGUACCAUUCAAUCCAACAGGUUAUUCGCAACUCCACAUGUUGAAAGGUAUACCUAAAAGCUCUUAAGGGAAGUGCAUGCGUUUCAAAAUAUUCCGCAUUUCAGAACUAAAGCAAAGGCAGGUAUUAUGUUCAUUUCCGCCUGAUAUCGCACCGCAACUGUGCUGUUGACUUGUCAGGAUCUUGUGCGUUUCCCUACACGUGGAUGGAAACAAACUUGCGAGCAGGGGGACAUGGAGCACAGAAAUGAGUGGACAGGAUCGUCGUUCACGGGAGAAACCCGAAACGGCUGGUUUGAGGGCAAUGGGAGGUACAGGUUUGCAAAUGGAGUUGUGUACGUGGGCCAUUUUCGUAAAGGAGACUUUCAUGGAGAAGGUGAGCUUAUUUACCCUAACGGAGGGAGAUACAAAGCGACCUGGAUUAGGGGGAAGGCCACGAAUGGGAAGUACAUAUUCAACGAUGACUUGGAAUACAAGGUGAACGACUGGGAUUAUAUUACUCCAGCAGACCGUCGAUUUUAUGCUGAAAAGGUUGGCGGUUUUCGACCGCAAGGAAUAGCCCUUCAAACCAACCAAGGACAGGCAGAAAGUAUUCCAUAUGGAACAUAUAACACGGGAGAUGGAUUUUUCGAACGGACUUCCAAACGCAUCCACACCUAUGAUGGCGCUCAUGUCGUAGCGGAACCAGAGGCCGCAGAGGUCACUUGGAUUCAUACGAAAAAGGAACUUCCCUCUUUCGUGCAAGCUCUCCCCAAAUAUCUGAAGAGUAUCCAGCUGAUCUCCUACCGCCGCACACGCACAAUGGCAUCCCGACAACGAGUUGGACUGUUCGUCGCGCUUUGCUUCAUUGCAGCAGCACUUCAUUCACUGAAGGUGCUCGGAAGUGAGAAUGCCGGAAAGCCAACUGACUCGAUCGCAGCUGAGAGCCGCUGUUCCAUUUCUUCCGAAACGGCGUCGACGGCAGGUGUCACAGACGAAGAGUCCUUCCUGGUUUCUCGAAGAUCUUCUGUUUCGGAGACAGACCUUUCACAAGAUGAUAUUGGUCCUCAGGUGAAAGCAGAAGUUGAACAAGAGGGGAACGCAAGUGAUCGGCCACCAAAAGGAAGCUCCCGACGCCGUGACCAAGCCUUUGGUUAUGGAGGGUACUACAGCUACGGACUCGGUUUUCCAGGCUUCAUGCCCUAUGGUGGCUACGGGUUUUUGGGAGGGUUUCCGAGGAUGCCUGGUUUCGGUUUCAUUUUCUGAAAUAGAAAGAGACGGCAGUGUGCCUUGAGAGAGCGAGCACCCUCGCCGUUUAUUGCUUUAACAGGUUAUUGCCUGCAUCAGCUGUCCGUGUGUCGAGUCAACUUUUGAAACUUUCUCUGAGCUGGGAAAUAGAGUGGAAGAACCAUCGCCGAUAAGAGCUCUGAAAUUUUUGCAGAGCAGGAGAGUGCAGAAUUCCAGCGAAACGAUAUGUCAAAGUUUCCACUGCCUGUAGAGCGAAAAGCUGGACGAAAAUUUUUUCGUGGACUCAGUGUUCUAUAGAAGAGUGCUUCACACGCCAAAAUUAGGAUCGCUGGCAUCACCUGCCCUCCGAAACCACGAAACAUCGACCUCUGAUAGUUAACGCUGUAUUUCUAAACCUAUUGUGGACAUACCCGCAUCAGCUUUUCUCGGGCACACCGGAGAGUGCACGUAAUAUUGUAUUGGUGCGAGCGGGCAAUCCACUCUUUCCUUAAUGUCCGUCUGCGGCUGUACAGGAAAACCCCUGGGGCUCUUGUCUGCGCUGCUUUCCAAAAGUGUAAACUCUGCAGCAUGUUUCUGAUAUCCAAGAGAAAUGUUAUGUGCACCGCUACUCGACACGUGCGCAACAAGGAUAAUAUUACCGACAUACUGAUCAUGGACAGAGGCUGUAUAUAGUUGCUUGUUGUCACAUGAAAUUUGAAUUGAACAUCUGCAGUGCCUGGAGGUGUAAAGUAUGCGUAGUUAUCUCGAAUAAGCUCCCCCCCAAAGUGUCGUCGUGUACCAUCCAGUAUCGGCAAACGAUUCGCAGCUUUUCCCAUACAAACGACAGCAGCGGUAUGCAUACAUCAUAUAUCGAUCUCCUCUUGAACGACCUAUGGGGUUGUAAAAAAGGAGCACGAGAUCUUCCGUUACAUAACCUUGUUUGGGUGAAGCACGUAAAAGUUGGAUUCUUCCUAGUAAUGCAGAGAUGAUGUUUGCGGCUACCUGCCUCGGAAUGUUGCGCCCUGGAGAUGAUUUGUUUCGGUUGCGCAGGCAGAAACGCUCUAGCGCGCUCAUGGUGCCUUUUCAAGGCAAGAAAUGUUCGUUUUUCCUAUGGACUACAGUGAAAAGCGUGUUUAUUCCAACCAUAACGAAGUGUCAUCAAACGUUCGUGCGGGCGUGUAUGGAUUUGGUAAAGCUUUCCAGCAAAAUAGAGAGAUGAGCAACUGUAGAAUUGGUAUUCGUAAAGCCACCCGUUAGCUAUGGAACGAAGUCGAGUAGGUUCGGGCUUGGUGUGCGGGAAGCAAGAAACAUCAGAUGCGCUUCGGGAGCUGUUUUGGGGCUUCUGUUCUCAGAAAGUAGACUGGGGAUUUCUCACUGUGGCGGUUGAAAGGUAUGUAACGUGUCUGCGUUCCAUUGCAUUGCUUAAAAUGAUUGCCCUCCCUAUGGCUACUUCUACAGUGGGAUGGAGACACAGAAACAGAACUCUGUUUGCCUGGUUAUCGACCA